AUGGAUUGCUGGGAAUCCUUGGCCCCAAAGCUGGACGUGCGAAACGGAGAUACUUCAAGAGAUGGAUCGGGAGGAGCUCUGGUCGCAAACCAAGCAGAGCUACUGCAUGGUGAUCGCCGUGGGCGCUUAGAGAAGGCCUCUGAUAGCCUCGACGUGAAGUCCAGAGAAGGCAUUCGUGUCUGUCAGAGCAAUGAGGGGAAGAACUGGGGGUGGAGAGCAGAUUGGUGCUUGGCCCUCACGAUACGCGCCUUCCCAACUCUUGUGUGGCUGUAA